UGUGCCUUUACCCAUGACAAGAGUUCGGAAUCCUUUUUGACUCCCAGGGAAACAAAUUUGCUAAACUUUACCUAUCAGGUGAAAUUAACAACAGGUGGAAAGAUGUCAGAGCCCACCAAGCAAGAUAUUUCCACAAUUUUCAAACGACUACGUUCCCUUUCUACGAAUAAGGUGAGAGUUGAUAAGCGGUGUCUUGAUAUGCUCUCGUUCUUUAACUAGGAAGUAGCGCUAGCUAGCUUCAGAGCGAGGGGAAAAAUGACACGUCGCACUGUUUUGCUGGGCAAGGGAAGAUGCGUCGUAACAAAUGCACAUGGAAAAGCUUUGAACCACGUAUGCCCAUUGCAUGUCCUCCUGCCAAAGGAGAUUUUUGCAGUGUUUAAGAAAUUAUUUGUUAACGUGCGCAGUUUAAAUAGAACGAUAUAUAGGACAUCCUGGACAGCCACGCCGAGCCAGCUGUCAUGUGGCAUGAUGACAGUUGGAUCAAAGAUGGUACUUUAAGAACUCUGGUUGGACAGUCCAUUACAUUACCGUCAGUGUAUUUAUUCUAAAUUAUAGAUCGCUGGUAAAUGUUGACUCGUGGACACCACAAAGACCUCACACCGACGUAAACAAUACCUUCUGCUCAUAAACUGUCGAUUCCAGCUGUUUCCGUCUGCUGUUUAGGCCUACAUUAAACGCGACGAUGUUGCAACCGCAAGCAUCGAAAAGCUGUUUUGGAAACAUUGUUUACACUAUAUUGCAACAUGUGUAACUAGUUAGCUUAAAUCUACUUUUGGUUAAUGUUGGCGUUCUCUUAAUAUGCGGACAAGUAGAGGCAAUUAAAAAAAAAACGAUUUGUUUAGACAAGAAAGGAAUAGUAGUAUAAAAUAAAUAAAUAUAUAUACAUACAUACAUCCAUGCAUACAUACAGUAUGAGGUCAAUAUUUUGCACUUCAGACCUCCACGCUACUGGGUUGCUUCAUUGUUAGUGUUUCGCUAUCUAUUUGGCAUGCGCUCAUAUUAACUUGCUUAUCAAUGUCCCCAUAGACUUAUCACUGCAUAAAGGGGACAGCGAACACCUUGUCUGUAUUCAACUCACAUGUUGCUUAACUUCUUUUCUAUUACAGGCGUGCUUUGACUGUUCAGCUAAGAAUCCUAGUUGGGCCAGUAUCACCUAUGGAGUGUUUCUCUGUAUAGACUGCUCAGGAACACACAGGUCAUUAGGAGUGCACCUGUCAUUCAUCAGGUAAGGAGCAAUGAAUGAAAAACAACAUUUGUCGCCUACCCCAUAGGCACUUGUCAGGACUGGAUGGGUCUAAUGUUUAACUGCUAUAUUACUUAGACCUAUCCUGUUCUUUCAGAUCUACACUAGUGGGUAGGUGCUAGCGGUUGUUUCUGGACAGGGCCAUUGGCUUCAUACAACAUGCAGUUUAGACACAUUAUGGCCCGAUGGAGUGUUCAGAACCAGAACCAUGUACUGUUUGUUUCAGGUCUACUGAGUUGGACUCUAACUGGUCCUGGUACCAGGUGCGAUGCAUGCAGGUGGGCGGCAACGCCAGCGCGGUGAGUAAAGCCAUCCACGGUGGGCACUGACUGGUGGGCAGCCACAUCCCAACCUGCUGUGUUGUUAAGCGCUCAGAGGGUUGUACUAGUAGUUCUGUUUCUGACUGCAUGAGUGAGCAUUAUUUCUAUGAGACCUGUAUGAUGUAUGCAAUACUAUUAUAACGCCUUUGUAUUACAGACAAUGUAUAAUUCAAACCAUUUCCCCCCGUCUCUCAGAAUGCCUUCUUUGCCCAGCAAGGCUGCACGUCCAAUGCCGCCAACACCAAGUACAACAGCCGAGCCGCUGCGCUAUACCGCGAGAAGAUCAAGAUCUCGGCCACGCAGGCCACAAGGCGCUUCGGCACUGAGGUACCACACACAUCCAUCCAGACGUUCCACUGGGCAAAAAUGGAUUUAGUCAACAUUGGUUACUUGUUAUACUGUCUUUAACAACAUAAUCGUGUCGCAUCAACAUGGCUGAAUGAAUGAUUGUGUACAUAGGUCCUUAUAGAUGCCAAUGAAUCCUCUGUUUUCGUUUCCCUGCAGUUGUGGCUGGACAGCCAGGCCCCACUCUCUCCAACAUCUCCCGUCAAUAAGGAGGAGGAUUUCUUCAGUAUGCACACACAGGUGUGUGUGUGCACUUCCCUAAGUGUGUGUGUGACUGUUAGACUGUUAAUACUUAUUUGUUUGAAAUUGUACAAGGUUAUGGGUGUGUGCAUGUUGUUUACAUGGUCUUGUUCCUUACCUUGCGUAUUUUAGCAGGCAUUCCCUGAUGAUCGUAGCUCCGCCCAGCCUAAUAUAACAAGCUCAGCCCAGAUGAAUCUAAGCCCCACCCCAGUAGAGGAACCAUCUACAAAAGAAACCGAGAGAGACAAAAACGGUGCACCUCUACGUCAAUAUUUACACUAGAAACACACACACAUAUACACUUGCAUCUGUGUGUCCAUGUCGUCUAUGCCCUCAACUCUUUCUGUCUUCAGGUAAUACAGAGGGUCCCAGUGUUGACGUGCUAAGUGUGUCUCCUAAAGAAUCCUUAGGUAAGAGGACCAAGAGCUUAUGCCCUAGAGACUUAAGAGAUACUCAACUAGAACCUUAAGCGUUAGGAGGACAUUAAAUAUCUGAGCCUGGGUCAGUAGCUCUUAGCAGUUUCUAUAAACUGUAUUUCUAAUGCCCACUGUUCCUUCUCCCUUACAGAGUCCUCCUCUCUUCUCAAGAAGAAACCAGCAGGGGCCAAGAAAACCGUAUGUACUCUAUGAAAGUGGACUAGGGAGGUAAUGUUCCUCCCCGGUACCUAUGUGUGUUGUGCUCUUGAAUGUGAUUAAGAGUGAAUUUGGUGAUGCUUAACUUGCAUUGGGCUAUGUUUGUGUGUGUGUGUGGGGGGGGGGGGGGGGGUGCUUUAGUGUGAAUAGACUGUAUACAUCUCUUAUGGAUGUUGUUUGUCAGUAGAUUAGUAGGCACGUAUUCACGUCGGUGUCCUGUGUUUUGUCUCAGUUGGGCGCUAAGAAAGGUGGUCUUGGGGGUAAGAAGGUGAGCAAACAGAGUUUCUGUGACCUGGAGAAGAAAGCACAGGCGGUCGACAAAAUCAAUGAGAGAGAUACAGCACCCACCACCACCAAGAACCGCCCCCAACCAGCAGGGGAAUCCAUGUGAGUCUCUCUGUCUCCAAUUUCAAUUAAAAUGGGCUUUAUUGGCCUGAGACAGAGACAUGUAUAGUAAACAUUACACACACAAGUCUCUCUCUCAAACUCUCUCUCUCGCUUUCUCCAGUGGUGCCUCCAUGAGACUGGCCUAUAAGGAUCUGGAGGAGCAGCAGAGGAGUAACAGAGAGAAGAUGAAGGGGAUGGGAGAGAAGAAGAAGGAACAGGCUGAGAGACUGGGCAUGGGCUUUGGCAGCAGGAGGUGGGGGGAUUGAAUUGAUGGUGGUGGCGGUGAUGAUAAGAGGAUUAGUUUAUUUAUAAACACACUUUUUACAGAUGGCCUAUGUAGCAUAGUUUUAAAGGGGUACUUUACAUUGCAGGGGAUAAGUCACUCACCCCUAACUUUUUGGGCACGCAACCCCAUUUUGCGAACCCACCAUGUAAAAAAAUGUUAUGUAGUCAUCAGCCAAUGUUAACUUUUUUAGUUUGCGCUAUGACAGUCUUAGAAAUCAGUCAGACAGUAUUUUUGGGCAGUAUUUCAAUCUGAAGACUAUGGUUUGAAGUGACUGAAAUGCAUCAGAAGGUUAUUGGGACGUUCAGGUGAUCAUCAGGCAAUAAUGUUGUAUGGUCUUCUGUGUAGAAAGGAACAUCAUCAUUGAUGUUCUUUUUCCCCCAGUCUGAUUUAGUGCCUGGUCUUGUCCACUCAGUUCUAAUGGCUAGUAAAGGGAAACCUUACGUGUUCCUGGGAGUCUUAUCUUUCAGUGACUCUGUUUUAUUUUUGAUUUUUUGAUUUAACCUUUUAUUUAACUAGGCAAGUUGGUUAAGAACAAAUUCUUAUUUACAAUGACGGCCUACACCGGCCAAACCCGGACGACGCUGGGCCAAUUGUGCGCCGCCCUAUGGGACUCCCAAUCACGGCCGGUUGUGAUACAGCCUGGAAUUGAACCAGGGGGUCUGUAGUGACGCCUCAAGCACCGAGAUGCAGUGCCUUAGACCACUGCGCCAUUCGGGAGCCCAAUCCCGGUCAUAAUAUUUUGUAGUUUAAACGGUUCAAAAGAUAGAGACACAUUGUAAGAAGAAAACAAACCACUCUGUUUAUUACAACCACAUCUAGCGGCAACAGAGGUUAAACUGACAAAACCCUGGUUCAAUGAACCAAGUUCGAAUUUUCUCUCGCGACCCCAUUUUCAAAUCAGGUGACCCCCACAUGUGGUCAUGACCCCUAGUUUGGGAAACACUGAUCUAAAAUAAUUACAUUGUUAUUGGGAGUGAAACAUGUUGUAACCAUUGGAGAUAUUGUGGUAACAAAUACUAUGAUGAUUAUUUGACUCCAUUGUGUCCCUCCCUCCCCCUCUGUAUCUCCCUCUAGUGGAGUGUCUCACUCUGUGCUGUCAGACAUGCACACCAUCCAGCAGGAGAGCCCAGUGGGGUCCAAGCAGCCCACUAAGAGCCGGAGAUACACAGAGAAGGAGGAAGAGGAGACCGACGAAGGCUCCUUUACAUCCAGGUGACCACACCACCUACAAACUCCGGCCACGUUCCAAUACUUUAGCAAUGGAUCAUUCCUUCUGUCAUUCCUUCUUGGAAGUAAUCACUAAUAUGGCUAGCCUGGUCUCAGAUAUUUGUGUUGUCUUGUAAUGGGAGUUGGAAAGACAUCACAAAAAGAUCUGGGACCAGGCUAUGAUCUGGCAGGAUUUGACUCGCCCAAAAAACGAAAUCAGUUACAAUCUAGACUGAGCUCUCUUUUCCAUAUGAACCCCUUCAGGAUGUCGAUGACCAGUUCAAUGACCAAGUUUGAUGACCCGACAGAAUCCUCUGACAAGUUCUUCUCCAAUUGGAACGAGACUGGGGAGUCUGGCUGGAGGAAAGAGAGCAAGGAGCCAGACUUCUACCUGAGCACCAAGAGUUCUUCACAGGACGACAGGUACUAUAUAACUGUUUGAUUUCCAGGGAUGAAAAUACAGAGAUGCAUAUGAAAAAGUAACUUUUUAUUUUGGCCGGAUAAGUCCCCUGAGCCACUAUUUAAUUGUUUUUUUAUAUUUCAAGUUUCUCACUGCAGUUGUUCACUGAAUGCACCCUCCCUCUCUCUCUCUCACUCAUACACACACAGGACUGCAGCCCGGCGGAAAGCAGACCCAGUCCCUGUAUCGGACUCAGGUGAAGCCCGCAAGAAGUUUGGAGAUGUCAAGGCCAUCUCCUCUGACAUGUACUUUGGCAAGCAGGACGACUCUGAGGUAGGCACACUGUCACGGGACACACAACAACAAAGAAAUACAUUUAAAAAAGUGUAAUUGUAAUGCAAAAUUAUUUGAAUAAUUAUCUGUUGUACGAAUGUUCCUACCUUUUUUGACCUGUUUAACUGCCAGUAUCAAAUGUCUGCCAGUGUUGACUGUUAUGGUUAAAGUUUAACGCUAGUCUGUGACAUUCUUACAAGCCUCUCAGGCUGGUGUUUACAGUUCAUUCGGUGUUAAGGUAUUUUUCAGAGAAGGCUGCUUCUGUUCUUGCUGUGUCUCCCUGUUGCAACUUUGCUUUUUGAUUGAUAUUAUCUACAACUACUGUCCUUUUUAUCCACCUGAAAAUCCCUGUUACAGUAAAACCCCUAUGUGUAAUAGUAUGUUCAUUGUUUAGUAUUAGAUAUGUAAUUUGUAGUAUAAAGUAUUAAUGUGGUUGUUUCCAUGCAGUACGAGGCGAAGACUCGCCUGGAGAGGUUCUCUGGGAGCAACUCCAUCAGCUCAGCUGACCUGUUUGAUGACCCAAAGAAACAGACUGGUAGGGAAGCCAACAAGUGUACACUUUGUAGCGGUAUUGUUAGAGGGGUAAAGAUAAAUAUGUUUGUUGGGGCGCCAGGCAGGUAUUAACCCUGCCCAAAGGAAAAGGGUAGGAUAGAUGGAGUAUUGCUACUAGAGUGUAGCCUGUUGGCCAGAUAGCCAGUGGACAGAAAGGAGAAGUUACACACGUUACAGCACAGGGGGAACCCAACCAAUAAUACCUCAUACAAGAAUAAUGACAGAGCAAUUUAAAGGCCACUUCUUAGAAACAAUUAAGAAAGAACCCAGUCAUCAAUCUUAGAGAAUUUGCAAUAUUCUGUAUUAAGUCCCAGUGCAGUGGAGGAGUGAGCUGGGGGUAUGAAUGGGUGUGGGUGUGUUCCCAAAAGAUUACAACCUAGAGCGGUAACACCGCCGAUCGACUUAAACACUUUACCAGCUAAGCACGCUGAAAAUAAACAUGAGAUCUGCAGAGUUGCACACACGAUCAAACUGCCGCGCCAACCGAGAGCUCCCCACAGAGAGCCGGAAGAGCUAUCUUUAUUUCCUUCUGACUGCUGAUGCGCUCUUAAAGUGGCAGCGCACGGUGAAGGCUCCGUGCAGGAUUUCGCCACAACUUAACCAUUCAUAUAAUCACACUUUCAAGUGUACAUUUAACCAAGUGUUCAAGUGAACACCAGGGCUCGUAUUCACAAAGCAUCUCCGAGUAGGAGUGCGGAUCUAAGAUCAGUUUUGCCUUUUAAGAUCAUAAUGAAUUAGACAGGAGACCUGAUCCUAGAUCAGCACUCCUAGUCUGAGAGGCUUUAUGAAUCCAGGCCCUGCAUGUAUACACCAUUUAUCCAUCAGAAGAAUGAUCAUUAUAAAGCAACUGCCACCACCACUGAUGUUACUAACCACCUCUCUCUCCGGGCCCCAUGCAGCCAGCUCAUAUCGUCUGACCAACAUCCUGCCCAGUGCUCCAGACAUGUCCCAGCUGAAGCUGGGGGUCCGCUCUGCGGCCGGGAGGCUGUCGGUCAUGGCCAGUGGAGUAGUCACAUCCAUUCAGGUUUGUGGUUCAGAUGGCCCUGUUGGUUGGAGCUUGGUUGUAGCAGCAGAUUGACUCCCACAUGAGCCACAUACUGAAGUGAAUGCGUUACUGUGACUUUAAGGCAAUUUCAACACAAAGACCCUUUUUAUAUUAUCAAUUUUCCAAUUGGAAAUCCAGUUUCUUGAUGUAAUUACUAUGUAAGUGCAGAGUAACAACAAUAUCAGUGACUAUUUGGUAAAUGUUAAAGGCAUGCUAGAUACAACAUACUGGUUACCAAAGUACAUUGUAUACAAGGGAAACUUUAUUUAAAGGUUACCUGAUUAUGCAGCGUCAACACUCCUCAAACAACUGGUACAGUGUAAGCGGUAGGUUCUUACCUGUUGUGUAUCUUCUUUGUUUCAGGACCACUACAGUACGUGAGUCCUGUGUUAGGACACACACAAUCUCUUAGGUCCCCUGGGUAUUGGAGUCGAUAAACAUCCUGACGAGCGAUGGACACGUACCAAGUUCAGCCAUGCAGGAGAGGGAGAAAGAUGGGCGGAGAGAGAGAAUUAGCAACAUUGUGUAGGCCAGAACAUAGGCUAUAGCUAUAUAUAUAUAUAUGUGUGUGUCUGUGUGUGUGUCUGUGUGUGUGUGUGUGUAUAUAGCAGCUAUUUGAAUAAAAACGACAUUAUCUACAUUGGAGUUAUGUCGAAACAACGUCCUCUAUGAGGUAGAUGUAUGAAGAAAAUGCUUUUCAUUUCAUUACGAAGAACACUUAUUUCCGCAGCUUAUUUCAUUUGUCUCCAGGCCUUUUGGUUUUGAUAUUAAAAUAUGUUUAUAUCAGUGGUAUCCAAAAUACAUUUUUUGUUAUUAUACAUUAUGGUUGUAAUUGAGGGUGACUUAGGUUUUGUGUUCCUUUUCUGCUGUGCAAUUGUUAUUGAAUCAUAUUCCAUCUUGGUCACCUUGGUUUUUAUGUAGCUAUUUGCAAUGAAGGUAUGUUCUGGUAGCGUGAGAGCUUGUCUUUUUCGACAUGCAGUAUGUAAAUCAUUUAGUUAAUUAAUCUGAUGGGUAUUGUUUUAAUUACCUGCCAAAUGCAGAGAGAUGUUGCCAUGUAGGAUACAUGUCUUCAAUUUUAGGGUGCCAUCAAACCAAAAUGCCUGCAACGUGUUUUGCGUGUGCCGAUUCAGGGUUGUCCACUGAAUGUGUGUUUGGGGGGCAGGAUAUGGUGAAGUGGAGAAACAUUGUUAGGUUUUACAUUGGUUGACAGACCCCUAGUCAGGAUGGGGUGCAACAAAAUGUCCCCAUCUCAUCUGUUGGACAUGGUAGUGUAAAUCUGCCAUUUCAUUCACUUGUAUCCUGUACACUGCUCUCUGAAAAAAGCUGUCUGCUGUGGUUUUGAAGCAUUGGUUGCAUUGGUUUGAAAGUGCCCUUAAGCUUAGAAGUGUACUUACAUCUGUCACUCACUUAGGUCACUUGACUGAAGGACCAAAUGCUCACAGGGAUUUCUUUGUGUUGUCAUUGUGUAAUAUAUAAUGUUGUGUGUGUGUGUGUAGACACACUAUGGUAGGAUACGGUCCUAUUCAGUGUAGCGUGAUCUGGUCUGCCUCUCAGCAGCCAAACAUAUUCUCCAUAUUACUCUUGGCUAUCAGUUAAGAUGAAUGAAAGGAGUAGUAUCUUAAUGUACUGUCCCAAUACUCUCAAAGGCUGCGUUUAGACAUUCAGCGCAAUUCUGAUCUUUCUUUUUUUCCUUCACUAAUUGGUCUUUAGGCCAAUCAAAUCAGCUCUGAAAAAGAUCUAAUGUGAAAAGAUCUGUGUAAAAAAAGAUCUGAAUUGGGCUGCCUGUCUAAACGCAGCCAAAUAACCUGUUCUAUUUUCUGUGACUACAUUCCUCUAUGAGAGGAACACAGGACACCCAUCCAAUAAUUUCACCCUUCUGUGGCUAUGAAGGAAAGGAGACAAGGAAAGGAAAUGGGACGUGGCCCUCUAUGUGAUCAAGGACCCAUUGGCUGCCCUUGCAAGGGCCUGA